AUCUGCUUUAAAAUAAUUAUUUUUUUUCGAGAAGUGGUCAGAGUAUUAUAACCUCUUUAUGAACCGAACCGUGCCUUAUGUAAGACCAGAGCCUUACUUAAGAAAGUUGCAAUAACAGCGAUGCCAUGCUUAAACCUGGAGGACAUUUCCGGGAGAUGUGAUGUUGCGUGCAAACACUUCUCUCCUUUACCGAAGUCAUUUGCACGUCUAUUCAAUUAAUUUGUGAUCGACUAAGAGUUUUGGCGAAAAUAUCGAUGCAUUUCGGGCGGUCGCUGAGGACACCGAGAAAGAUUAGCAGCUGUUUGGGGAUAACAUUCGCUAGGGUCAUUUCGCUUUUUUCCUGUCAGAAUGCUGCUCUCUCUGGUCGUACACACGUACUCUUUGCGAUACUGGCUUCCGACGGCGGUGAUGCUGGGCACGGCUCCGGCUUACCUGCUGUCCUGGAGCGUUUGGCGGCUGCUGUCUGCUAUUCUACCGGCCAGACUCUAUCACACUGUGGAUGACCGUGCCUAUUCAGUCUACCAGAGCAUGGUCCUGUUCUUCUUUGAGAAUUACACGGGAGUGGAGAUUGUUAUAUAUGGGGAAAUACCAAAGAAAAAGGAGAAUGUGGUUUAUCUGUCAAACCAUCAGUCUACAGCUGACUGGAUUAUUGCUGAUAUGUUAGCCAUUCGACAAAAUGCAAUUGGACACGUUAGAUAUGUCCUGAAAGAUGGUUUGAAGUGGCUCCCUUUGUACGGGUGGUAUUUCUCACAGCAUGGAGGUGUGUAUGUGAAAAGAAGUGCCAACUUUGAUGAGAAAGCCAUGAAGAAGAAACUAUCAUCUCAGACCAGACUGAGCACACCUAUGUAUCUUGUCAUCUUCCCAGAGGGAACCCGCUACAACCCUGAGCUAAAGAAGGUUAUCAGCGACAGCCAGGCUUUUGCUGCUAAACAAGGACUUGCUGUGCUGAAUCACAUUUUAACACCAAGAAUGAAAGCGUCGCAUGUCGCCAUUGAGACUAUGCGGGAACACCUGGACGCUGUCUAUGACAUAACCGUUGCAUAUGAGGGCACUCUUACAGCCGACGGCCAGAGACGUCCCGCUCCUACAAUGCCAGAGUUUCUGUGUAAGGAAUGCCCCAGGGUGCACAUCCACAUCAGCCGUGUAGACAUAAAGGACAUUCCUGCUGAGCCUGACGUUUUCCGUGGGUGGCUACAUCAAAGAUUUGAAAUCAAGGACAAGCUUCUGACUACUUUCUAUGAGUCUGAAGACCCUGCCAAAAAGAGCAGGUUUCCUGGAGAAGGUCGUAAAUCACCUCUUAGUCUUUCGAAGACGUUGCCUUCUCUGCUGAUUUUGAGUGGCCUCACUUUUCCAAUGCUGUUAACCGAGUCAGGUAGAAAACUCUAUCUCAAUACCUGGCUCUAUGGGACUCUUAUCGGAUGGAUUUGGGUAGGUCUAAGUCCAUAACAUAGCCAUACUGGAGGAGAAAAAAUAUCCAGCUCAUAUCAACGCUUUUAGGUUUCGUAAUCGAAUGUCAUUUUUUUCAGAUCUAGCUUUUAGUCUACCAUUAUCUUAUCAUUUACUGAAAAGUCACUUAUUUCUGGUUUAUUUUUCACUCUAGUAGAAUGUAAACGGUUCUACUGUAUGCACUGCAAAGAAGCAAAUAAACAACAUGAACAUUCCAGUUUACAACACGCCAAUGCAUCGCUGCGCAAACUAACCAAUGUCAACAGAGACGAUAUGUUGGGUUUUUGUCAGAUUGGCGAGUUUUCUGUUGGUAUCGGGUGGGAUUCUGCAAGUCAAUAACCAUAUUUUGGUGAUCGUCCAUGAUGGUUAGCUUCUGUCCGUUCCAUUGCAUCACAUCAUUUUAAUACGUAAAUUCAGUGUUAAGGUUUCCUCUCAACUGUAACCUCAAAGCAGACAUUUGAAGCGAAGAACGAAAUGUCAUGCAGAGACAAUGUUUUGUAUUAACCCAUAGCAGGCCUGGAACUUGUGCCCUCACAAGUAUGCAAUUUUUUUCCCUCUCUCUAUCUGUAAUUCUGGAUUUUAUUAAUGAUUUAUAACGGCGGGAUGUUGUUAAUGGUUUACAGGGCCUAUUUUUCAAUGUUUUUGAAGUAAACCAGUACGUUAAGCGUUGGAUUUUGGUAUCGGUUAUCUCGUAUUCGGAUUUAAACGUCCAUCGAAUAAAGCAUUUUAUUUUGAAGCAUUUGCACUGUUGUUUCAGACUUGGUUGCCAAAUGUGGUGGUUGUAAGGGUGUUGAUUUAAAUAAGUCAAAUGAAUUGUUCCAGAAUAUGUGAUUUAGCUUUUGUUUGAAGAAUUUUCACUUUUUUUGUCUAUAAAUUUAAUUAAGAGCAAUAAUUUGGUCUACAUAAUAGGGUUUUCACGAUACUAGAAUUCGAUACCAAUCGAUACUGAAAUAUAAAAAGGUCCAUUUCCCACAAAUAUUUAAGUGCUGUGGAGCAAGAUCUUAAAUGAUACUGAUUUGCCGUUGUGUUUGUGGAAAUGACUGUGAAAUGACUGUGAUUGGCUGUGAAGGUCAUCGGUUCACCGAACUCACCGCUGUUUACUGAGUGUAACCACAGCUACAGGGACACUGGAGCAUUUCGAAGUCACAGCGAUCAGCUGGUUUGUUUAUAAGCUGACACGCAAUCGUUCCGCUGAUAAAUCACGGCUUUAAAAUGCUCCAGUGUCCCUGUAUCUGUGGUUACACGCAGUAAACAACGGUGAGUUUGGUGAAUCACAGCCAACCAAAGUCAUUUCUGUUGAGCAUGUGAACACAAUGGCAAAUCAGCUCUGUUUAUAAACAUGCUCAAAUGUUCAUGGGAAAUGGACGUUUUUAAAAUGUCAGUAUCGAUUGGUAACAACAUUCCAGUAUCGUGGCAACCCUACUACACAAGACGACUGUGAUAUUUUAUUAUGGACCGUAUUGGUUUAUUUUAAUAUACAAUGUCUGACCUCAUCUUAUUCAAAUCCUACUUCCACGAUUGGUUGCUUUUAUUAGCACUAGCCAAUUGAAUUCAACUUUAACUAUUUGUUGAUUUAAAAAAAUAAUUUCAUUAAAUGCUGCUGGAGCUUUGUAGCUAUAGUAGGCGUUCGCUUCAGCUGGGCUGCCUUUGGAAGAUUGUAGAUCUAAAGAUUGACAUUUAAAGUAUUUGUGGACUUAUAGGUGAUUGCACCCACUCAUCGCUUAUAAUGUGUGAUUGUCACUGAUAUCCACAAUCUACCAAUAUAUUGAUGCGAAACGUAAAAGUAUGGAGACACACACAGCAUUUAAAGCAGUAUAAAAAAGUCAUAAGCACACACGGUUAUCUUAUCAAGCCCUAAAAUACAGACUGUGUGAAGAGAAUCAUGUGUCGUGUAUGUUUUGGAUAAUUCACUGUCUGUAAAGAGACUCAUGUAUGUUUGGAUAAAAGCAUCUGCCAAAUCCAAAUGAUGAUUUGUGUGUGUUAAAAUGUCCGUGUCUGUACUUCUCAUGUACAUGUUGCUUCUUUUAAUAACACAAAUGCUUUGUUUAAUUUCUUGCUGUUAAUCUUUUCUUUUCGGUAUAUUUUUGCAGGGGGGGGAAAAAAAAGUUUUUUUCUUGAAUGAAAUCAUUUGUUGGUGUUAGUUUCUAUUAUCUUUUUAUUUCCUUUUUUAAAGAUGUAUCUAUUUCAGGAGUGUUUAAUAAAGGAACUGAAAAUG